AUGGGCACGUCGGGGUCCUCUACCGCUCGUAUUCACAUUUGCGGAAAUUGCGGCAGUGAAUUCGUCAAAUGGAUGGGGCGUUGCCCGACCUGUCGCGAGUGGAAUACGUUGCAAGAGCACGCGGUCCGGAGAGAACCAGCCUCUGCGUCAAGGCCAGUUUUUGGCACAAAUAUUUCAUCUAGUGGCGCACGACCGGCAUCUUGGUUAGAUGGUAUCCCGGGUAGUCUGGGAUCGAAUGCCCCCGUUCGCAUCACUGAUUUGGUCUCGUCGGACGAUGGGUCCACGAAUACUCUUUCACGUCUACACUCCUCCCAACGAGUUACGAUUCCUAAUGACGACGAACUGAACGUGGUACUGGGUGGAGGUAUUAUGCCCGGAUCGCUCAAUCUCAUUGGGGGCGAUCCCGGGGUUGGAAAGUCGACUCUUAUGCUCCAAAUCGCUGGAGCCGUGGCGAGCCUCGCCAUCCCUACUCCCGGCAUUGGCAUGGGCCUGCCCGACUCCAACAAUACCCGUACGAAAAGUUCGACCGACGGGACGGGUGGACCCGUCUGGUACGUGUCAGGGGAAGAAAAUCCCGACCAAAUCGCUUCUCGUGCAAGUCGUUUGGGAAUUUUGCAAUCCGAACUAUGGUUGCUAGGAGAAACGCACGUCGAUACCCUUUGCCAACAGGUUGUUGUGCACGCUCCCGCUCUGAUUGUAAUUGACUCGAUCCAAACCAUGGUCUGUGACUCCGGUGGCUCGUCGUCGGCGGGAGGCAUUACGCAGGUCCGGGAAUGCGUCGCGCUGUUGCUAAGAUUGGCCAAAUCAACUCGUAUCCCCAUCUUUUUGGUAGGUCACGUUACCAAGAACGGUGACGUUGCCGGUCCCCGGACUGUCGAACACAUGGUUGAUUGCGUACUAUACUUGGAAGGGAGUGCGCAUAACGACGGAUUGAAUUUGCGCAUGCUGCGGGCGAGCAAGAAUCGGUUUGGCUCGUCCGACGAAGUCGGCGUCUAUGAAAUGACGGCGGGACGUUUGUUGCCCGUCUCGGAUCCGUCGUCGCUCUUUUUGGCGCACCGCGUAACGCAAGAAGAUGCGGAAGGAUGCGCGAUUGCCAUUGCACUGGAAGGGAUGCGCGCCAUGACUGUGGAAGUACAAGCCUUGGCAACACCGUCGGGAAGUACUACUGGCUAUGGUCGUCGGACGGUGGAAGGAAUCGCCAUGUCGAGACUAAACUUAUUGAUUGGUGUCCUGCAGAAACGCUGUGGUGUAUUCAUGUUCAAACAAGACGUAUACAUUAACGUGGCCGGGCGCAUACGUCUUGAUCGAGGUGAAGGCAACGCAGUAGAUCUGGGCGUAGCCGUGGCGUUGGUUAGUAGCUUGGCAACGAUUGCGGUGCGGUCGGAUACGGCGUUUGUGGGGGAAGUGGGACUCCUGGGUGAACUGAGAUCUGUAGCAGCGCUGCCAAAACGCUUGGCCGAAGCACGCCGCAUGGGCUUUUCUCGCGUCAUUACACCUCGA